UUCCAGAGGUGGAGUCCCUGGCAUGUCGGGGGGCUCAGUCAUCACUGCUGCUCAGAGGAUACUUCACUGGAGCAGAGCAUCCCUCCUGAAGGCUAAAAGUUGUUCAUGCGGCAGUUGGGGAAUUGUUGAUGUGCGAAAUGGAAGCAACCUGUAAAUCUUCAUUUGAGAAGAGUGAUGUGAUUAUUGUUGGCGGUGGUCUGUCUGGCCUGGCUGCUGCCAAAGUCCUCAAAGAGGCUGGACUAAGAGUGGUUGUUCUGGAGGCUCGGGAUCGAGUUGGUGGAAGGACCUACACUGUUCAAGGUCCUGAGUUUCAAUAUGUAGACCUUGGUGGAGCAUAUGUUGGCCCGACUCAGAAUGCCAUCCUGAAACUUGCUAAAGAACUGGGAGUGCAGACCUACCUCAUAAAUGAGAAGGAGAAACUCAUACAUUAUGUGAAGGGAAAAACAUACCCUUUCCAAGGAUUAUUUCCGCCAGUUUGGAAUCCAAUAGCUUACCUGGAUUACAAUAACCUGUGGAGAACUAUAGACGAAAUGGGAGAGAAGAUCCCUGCUGAAGCUCCAUGGACAGCAGCUCAGGCUGUUCAGUGGGACAACAUGUCAAUGAAGGAGCUCUUUGACAAACUUUGCUGGACAAGGGUAGCCAGAGAUUUUGCAACCCUUUUCAUCAAUGUAAAUGUAACAUCAGAACCACAUGAAGUCUCAGCACUCUGGUUCCUAUGGUAUAUCAAGCAAUGUGGUGGCACCAAAAGGAUUUUUUCCACCUCAAAUGGAGGUCAGGAAAGAAAAUUUAUUGGUGGAUCUGGACAAAUCAGUGAGCGAAUAGCUGAAUUACUUGGCAGCUGUGUCAGACUUAAUGAGCCUGUUAUAAAAAUCUGUCAGAAAGAUACAGCAGUCUUUGUAGAAACAAUAAGUGGGGGAAAAUAUGAGGGUUCCUAUAUAGUUAACGCUGUUCCACCUGGCUUGACAAUGAAGGUACACUAUGACCCUCAAUUGCCUUCUGUAAGAAACCAGCUUAUCCAAAGAGUUCCAAUGGGGUCCAUCAUUAAAUGUAUGAUGUAUUACAAGCGCCCAUUCUGGAAAGAAAAGGAUUACUGUGGAACUAUGAUGAUUGAAGAUGAAGAUUCUCCCAUAUCAAUGACUCUUGACGAUACAAAACCUGACGGCUCAUAUCCAUGUAUUAUGGGAUUUAUCUUGGCCAGGAAAGCUAGGAAAUUCAUCCAGCUGAGCAAGGAAGAGAGGAAGGUUAAGGUCUCCGAAAUUUACGCAAAAGUUCUUGAUUCUGAGGAGGCACUCCAUCCUGUUCAUUACGAAGAAAAAGACUGGUGUGGGGAACAGUACUCUGGAGGCUGUUAUACUGCUUAUUUUCCACCAGGAACGUUCUGUCAGUUUAGCAGAGUGUUGAGACAGCCAUUUGGAAGACUGUUCUUUGCAGGAACAGAGACAGCCACCAAGUGGAGUGGAUACAUGGAUGGGGCAGUGCAGGCUGGAGAGAGAGCUGCCAAGGAGGUGCUACAUGCAAUGGGAAAGAUUCCUGAGUCUGAAAUUUGGAAGGAGCACCCAGAAUCCCAGGAUGUUCCAAGUCGUCCAAUUAAAUCAACUUUCUGGGAGAAACAUUUGCCAUCAGUUCCUGCUUUCUUUACAGUUCUAGGGGUCUCUACUGCCUUUACAGCAGCAGUUCUCGGAAUUGUGACAUUAAAGAAAACAUCUAAUGUUGUUUUACAGUAAUUGCCAAAUUGCUCUACCUCAAUUAUUGUGUUCAUGUUGGUUAAACCCAUGCUGUUCUAAGUUGGUGCAUAGCACUCUCUGAAUGAAUAGAUCCUUUCAUUUUCAAAAUGAUGUUUAAGGAAUGCUGCAGGGCCUUUGAUAAACAUUCUUUGAAGAGACAGAAAUGUAAAAUUUCCAUAAACAUACAGAGCCACGUAAUGCCAUUUAAUGUUAAAUUACACAUUGCAGCUUUCAUAGGGUCCUUUGAAACUGUACAGAUUCACACAUCCUCAUUGUUUCAGUUUCAGAUUAAUUGUUAUAAAUAUCCUUCCACCACAUUUGGCUGAGUGUACUGUUACUCAGACUCAAACACUGGAGCUUUCUCAUUUCUUCACCCAGCCUGUUUCUGUCUGUUAGAAUAAUAAGGUUAUGAAUCAGUAAUAGGCAGUCAAUCGAUUUCUGUCAAAUGUUUAACAGAAUGUUCUAACACCGGUAGUCUUGGCAAGUCACAUGGCCAAGUGGUGAAGGGCUGUUAAACUAGAGGUUUACUGAUUUGAACUACCCAACAAGUUCCUCGCAUCCUCCAGAUUUAAAAAAUAUUUUAAAUAUCUGUUUCUACAGCUUUAGGUUUAUGAGCGUGCAAUGGAAACACUGGUUAUUAAACUUUCAUCGAUGCUUUUGGUUUAUUGCCCCAAUGGUCCUGCUGGAUUUCAAAGCUGCAGAAAAUAUGAAAGAGAAGAUACCAGACUAGAGAUUUCAGAGACAAAGGUGUUGUAUCCAAGGAUUUUACAAGAUACAGACAUGAAGAUCUAUGUGAAGUGAGCAUCAUCACUUAUUACUCCUUCCUAUACCCAAGG